AUGUCUUAUUCAUUUAAUUUCUCAACGCCAAUCUUCUCAAAUGAAGCAUCUAUUCAAUUAAAUGACACUAUUCCUACACCAGAUAACCUUUCUCAGUGUUUAUAUUUCCACAAUAACUUUAAUCAUUAUUCAAACUUUCCCAACUGUUUAUUGAAUAAUUUAAAAUUGGACUCAUGUACAACGAGUCAUAUCUAUUGUAAUGAUAGUGGUUAUGAAAGUAUUGAUAGUUUGAAUAGAGUGAAUCAGUCUAAACAAAAAAUUUCCAAAUUAAAAUUCUCAAUCGAUUCUAUCUUAUCACAUUCAUCAUCAAUGUCAUCAUCAUCACCAUCAUCGUUGCCAUCAAUCAAUAAUUCUAAUAUAAGUAGUAUAUUUUUUAAAAAUAAUGAAAAUUCUACACCAUUAAUUAAAACAAAUAGAACAAUUGAAUGUUUUAAUCAAUAUAAUGAACAGAAUGAUCAAUUAAGUAUGAUUAAAAAUCAAUAUUUUAUUGAUAAUGAACAAUUAUACCCAAUGGAUUUAUCCAUUUUUAAUUGUAACUCAUCAUUAAUGAUGAAACAAUCAAUAAAAAAUGUGAUAAAAACAACUGAUGAACAAUAUAAUUGUCGAUAUUGUGGCAAAUCUUAUUCACUGAAGUCGUCAAUAAGAUUACAUGAAGCGACGCAUACAUUACCAUUUCAUUGUCAAGAUUGUGGUAAACGUUUUUCACGUCCAUGGCUUCGUGAUAUACAUUAUAGAACGCAUACAGGUGAAAAACCAUAUGAAUGUAUUAUAUGUGGCCGACGUUUUGCUGAUCGUUCAAAUAUGCGCGCACAUCAACGUGUUCAUAAAGAACGAGAAUAAUAGUUGGUAAUUUGGUUAAUGGAGUCUCUACACACUCUUACAAUCAAAUUUCGAACUAAUGAAAUCGGCAAAUUGGCACACAGUUGAACGCAACCAAACACUUCGUAUUGACGGUUGGUGGUAUUUAAAUUUUAUUAGGAUCUUUCAGAUUAAGCCGUGAUUAUGAUUACUUUAAGGAAACUGUUAGUUAUAUGCAUUGAUAAUAGUUAAUUAUGGCACAAAUAUAGGGACUGGAUAUGUUUACACUCUAUGCCGACAAACUUCGUCUUUUUGUCGGUUAAAUAAUGACCCAGUCUUUUAAAGGUUAGUUAUUUAAACUAAAGAGAUAAACAGGUUUUCAUCUCCCAAACAUGACUAGAAAUGGUGAAC